AUGCCAGGUAUCUUGAAGAACCCAUCUUUUUCAUCCGCAAGUGGCAGGCCUGGAUCUCCGGAGAAAGACCACUUUCAGAUCUCACCCGCAACCCCGCUCGACCCGAAGGAAGAAAGAGAACUCGUCCUGCAGAACACAAUUCAAAAUGCCGGUCACCGCCGUUCGUCCUCGGCCGCGAGAAGGGCCUCGGCCUCUCGCCGACACUCAUCCGCCGCCGCUGCAAACCAAGGAGACGACGAUCCAGAAAAGAUGCGGUUGAAGUGGGACGAGGCGAACCUUUACCUUGCCGAGCAGGAAUCUGGCGGACGCAUGAAGAUUACCGAGCCGAAGACUCCCUAUCAGUACGGUGAUACCAUGAUGGAAGACGACGACGAAGAGGAUGUGGCUAUCGACCCUCGCUUUGUCAAUGUCGAUGAGGUUGAAAUGGCCAAGGCACCCAAAACAAACAAGAAACAUCGCGAGUCGGAGAUCCCGGGUUUGGAGCUGGGUGAACCGGAAGAGGAUCUGUCGCCUGGCAGUUUCGCUCAAGAUGACAGGAUCACUCGUGACCCAAGCAACAACCUGUCUCGAGAGUCGAGUAAAGAGAAGCAUGUUAGUGUCAGUGACGGAAGUGACGUCGAUGGGAUCAAGGAGUCAGAGGGUAUGCCGUCAAACGAGGAGCAAGAGGCCCAUCGCCAAUUUGAGGAGAGGAGAAAGCGGCAUUACGAGAUGAAGGACAUCAAAAAUUUGCUUGGACACCCUGAAGAGCUCGAAAUGGAAGACGACGAUGAGACACCCGUUCCAGCUGCGAUUCCGAAAGAUCUACCCGAGCGAUCCAUCAAUGGUAGUCGCUGA